CACCACAUCGAUCGUACCCCCCGUCUUUCUAACAAAAACCCCCCAAAGCCGACUCUUUGUCCUUUACUCCAACCAAUUCCACCUCCAAACGACACACUUUCACUCACCGCUCUCUCUGCUUUUCAUUUCUUUCAAUAUGUCCGCAGGAAUCUUCUCCGCUCCGGUUGCCGGAUCGCCCUUUGUCGGCCUGAAACCCAACUCCAAGAAGCUUCCGCUAAAAGACUCUGUUGGAUGGAGACACAAAACUGUCUCCAAUGGCUCCAAAACCUUCUGUAUGAAGACAUGGAAUCCCAUUAACAACAAGAAGUAUGAGGCACUCUCAUACCUCCCUCCUCUCUCGGAUGAUUCAAUUGCAAAGGAGAUUGAUUACAUGAUCAAGAAGGGAUGGAUCCCUUGCCUUGAGUUUGACGAGUUGGGGAGUGUUCGUAGAGAGAACAGCAGAAUGCCAGGAUAUUAUGAUGGGAGGUAUUGGACGCUGUGGAAGCUGCCAAUGUUUGGCUGCAAUGACUCCUCUCAAGUCAUCCGCGAAAUCGACGAGUGCAAAAAGACGUACCCAAAUGCUUAUAUCCGUUGCUUAGGAUUUGACAACAAGCAGCAGGUGCAGUGCAUGGCCUUUGUCAUCCAGAAACCUACCGCUGACGCCGGCGGGAGCACCGCCGCUUAAGGUGGUGUGUCGGUUUUUUUGUUUAUGUCUCUUCAACGAGUUUCAAAGGUUUUCUCCUACCUAAAGUUUGUUGUUGUUCCCUUUCUGCGGUGUACCAAUAAGAAAUCUGGGGGCUUGUGAGGAGGAUUUCCUCUGCAUGUUGUCCUCUUACCAGUAAGAUGGCUGGUAUAACUUGUAAUGUGUAUUAGGAUCUUUGGGGAAGAUGCUUAAUAAGCUUUUAAUUAGUUGAAAUUAUAUAUACUCUCUUCUAUAAUCUGUUUAAUGCAAUUAGCUCAUGGUUUUGGCAUC